UGUUAAUCUGGGACCUGUGUGAGAUUAGCGGGGCGAUGAGUCAUCGUUUACGCCCUGAAAUGGUCGGCCAUGUUUGUUUACUGGAAGAGGAAGUCUGAGUUUCUUCCUCCUUUCACUGGUGAGAGUGAACCGAGGUCCAAACCUGUUCUCGCCCGCAUCGACCUGGUGUUUGAAUUUCCCUGUCUUCAGGUUAAAGAUUCGCUGAGAAUCUAAAACAGACAGAGAGAGGCACAGCGUGUGCUUAGCUGCUGAGGAGUGGGAGAGCUGGCUGCUGCGGCUCCUCCUGCAGGGGGCGCUGGCACGCCGUUUCUGCUGAGGAGCACGUUCAGUGUGUUUCUGAGGAUUGUUGCUGACUGACAGAUUCCUCAGUUGAUUCUGCGCUGCGUCCACCUAUUCCUGGCUGUGGGUGAGACACAGAUGUUUACCGCAAGAGGAGAUGAUGGUCCGCCAGCAGAGGGCAGCGCAGGAAACUUUUGAGCGUCUGAAAGUUCCAAGCCGUCGUGGCUGAUGUUGUUGGAGCUGCUUGUUCUCACACUUGACAGCAGUGCAGUCGUCAUCUGGGUGUUGCUGCAGUAAAUAUUUGAAGAUAAGGAGCACGUUUGUGCAGCUGCUCUCUGGUGAGCGUGUUUAGCUAGUGAUCCUGCAGCAGUCCCGUGAGCCGCAGAGGCGGAUCGGGUUCACGAAGCUCGGCUGUCAACAUGUGUGUCUGUGUGUUGGUUCAGGGCAGUGUGUCUCUGCAUUGUGUGUUAGUGCACAUUAUUGUGUGUGUGUGUGUGUGUGUGUGUGUGUGUGUGUGUGUGUGUGUGUGUGUGUGUGUGUGUGUGUGUGUGUGUGUGUGUGUGUGUGUGUGUGUGUGUGUGUGUGUGUGUGUGUGUGUGUGUGUGUGUGUGUGUGUGUGUGUGUGUGUGUGUGUGUGGGUGUUUAGCUGUGUGCAUGCAUAUUCUAAUUCAUACUGGUGUGCCUUUGUUUUGUGUCAGUGUGCGUGUACUUGUAUAGUGGUCCUUGCUGGUUUGAGAAUUAAAACUUCCAAAUAGCUGGGUCAUUAGUUAGGUUGGGUAAUUCAUUUUAGGGGGAGAGGCCAGGGAAAGGCUGCUGGCCAGGAGGGUCCCCACUAGGGAUGGGCGAUCAUUUAUUGUACACCAUAUCCCGCCAAACACAAUCUGCACGAUACACUCGUGACACACUCGCUGCAUCGGACCAGCACGCGUGAACAUGAGGAGACGGUGACGGUGACGGCGCCGCGUUUGACGGCCCACACCGGCGUGUGACAGUUGUGGAGAGUGUGGUGGACACCAUGGUCGUUUGAAAGUGAUGUUGAAUCCACGGAACCUUGGAUCAUGACACUGGUCGACUCAACUAUUAUAUUUAGACAUAAACAAAUAAUGAUGCUGGAGACAAACUCCAGUCAUAAUUUUCAUCAUAAAACAGUUUCAAGAGAGACUGUAGUGUGUACAACUAGGGCUGGGUAUCGAUUCUAAUUUCAAGAAUCGAUUCGAUUCCGAUUCUCAUGACUUAGAAUUGAUUAUCACGAUUCGAUUCAAUUCGAUCCGAUCCGAUCUCGAUUCAGGUUAGUAUUGAAACCAUUUUCUGAGCUGUUGGCAUGAUCACAUGACAAGUUACACAACGUAUUAAUACUAGUAUCAUAUUGACAUUCAACAGGAAAUUAAUGAAGGAUUCAUAGUAAAUGAUAAUAAAGAUCCAGAUACAGAAGGCCAGAUGUGACUGCUCAUGGGACUGCUGCAUUAUUAGAAAUAUGACAUUAAAAAUUCACCCAAAAGUUGCUGCUGUUUAAUACUAAUGUGUGUUUAUUUUAUUACCAAAAUGAAAAAAAGAUAUUCUCAGCCAUUGAAAAUGUAAACAGAGUGCUGGUGACUGACUUCACAGCAACCUGACGGUCAUUGGUCAGUAUGUAAACAGCUCUCUGUGGUCUGUAGUACGUACAAGAGGUCCCACUCCUCAUCAAUAUAGUGAGUUGUCAUAUUUGUGUAAGAUUGCGAAGAUGUCCACGCAUCACUUGUAAUGUCCCCCUGACUGCUGACUGAAGCUUACUUUUCACGUUUUCUUUGACUGACUGGUGCAUGUUUGGGAUAACAGACGUUUGCGAGACACCGUAACAUAGUGAGGCUCUGUUACUUUCAUUAGCCGCCUGAAGCCCUCCUUUCCAACGACGGGCGCAUAUCUUUGCAAAUGAAGCCCACAAUCGCUUCAGUUAUUUUCACAGAGCGUGCAGAAUUACCCGCUAGUGGUAAAGUUCGCUCGAGUUUCAUUUGUUGUGGCCCGGUGGAUGGCUUGGACAGGAGCGCUGGGUGAUGUCGCGUCACGUGACUCGUGAGGUGGGUCAUAUUUCCGCAAUACUGCAACACUUCCAGUACCUCCAUUAGGCAUACGUGCUAAUUGCUAUGCUUUUGUCGAGCGCGUUUUUGGUUUGGUCGCGUCUGAACGUUGCUAGUGUUGCCACUGUGAGGAGGCAUGUUGUUUUGACUUUGGUGUCCCAGGUGCGCGCAUGCGCACUUCACCCAGAGAAUAUGUGUUAAAACGUAAAUUAAUUAAUACGAUCUUUGGACCUACGAAUCGAUUUUAUGGAAUUGCUGUACGAAUCGAUUCAGAAUCGGAAAAUCGAUUUUUUUUAAACACAGCACUAUGUACAACACAUGGAAGAGAAGGAACAUGGAUUUAUCCUGGUCAUUGUCGUUAUCGGCGAAGUUGCUACAUUUAUCGUGAUAACUUUUUUUGUCCUUAUGGCCCGACCCCAGUCCCCACAAAGAUGUGUGACAACCCUGCAUGUGCGCGUGCCUGUGUGUCUGUGUCACUGUUUUCAUCCACAGACGCAUCAUUUCCAUUUCUCUUUUGCAACAACUGAAAUGAGAAUCUGGGGGUUUCAUUUAGAAGUGAAUUAGUGUUUUGACUCCAUGAUGUUCAACGAAAUGUUGACGGCAGAUCAAAGAGAGCUUUGACCCACUCAGAAGUUGAUUGUAUCAAAUUAAAGGUUCAAAGUUCAGCCACCAGAGGGAGUCAAACUCAUCCGUGAGGGGAGCCGUCAUGAUUCCCACAAGUUCUGUUGGCACGGUUCCCACAGUGACGGAGGGACUUCAGUAGGAGGGACCCGAGUGUGAGCAGAUGUGAAGCGCUGCCUUGUUUCCCUCACCACUGCUGCUGGAUGUAGAGCCUGGACUGGGGUAGGGAACAUGUACGAGCGACACAGGCAGAGGUACAGCCUCUGCGCCCGCCGGGAGAGAGCGCUGGACGUGGUGCUGACCAAGAUGCAGCGAGACGCCGAGGCGUCGCUCCAUCAGCCGCUGGGCUCCGACCUCUCAGGUUUCCCUCGCUUCUCCUCAGGCUGCGACCAGCUGCCUCCUCUGCACAGUGACAGCGGCAGCUGCACCUCCACGCCGUUCAGAGACCUGGGCAGCGACCUGGAGAGCUUCCUGAGUCCGGAGCCAGGGUACGACGGCAUCUUCCUGAAGCCCGAUGACAAAGUGACGGGGGGCGACAGCGCCAGCGAGGUCUCAGUGUCCUGCUCCUCCACAGACGACGCCGCCAGCGUGGGUCCCUCCGGCUCCAGCAGCCCGGAGGACAGUCAGGCUCUGAGCUGCAGCUGGAGCCCGGAGGUCAACGUGCGCCCGGGCCGCACCGCCGAAGUUGAGGACGAGGCCAAAGACUGCGUGGCCGAGGUGCCGCGGCGCUCUGGACUGCUGCGGAAAACCCUCCGCUCGCUGUCGCCGCUGCGCCGCCACAGCUGGGGCCCCGGCAAGAACCAGGCCGGAGACUCGGAAAUGAACCAGAGGAGCUACAGCCUGGAGGGUCUCAGUGGGGUCCAGGAUGAGCUGAGGGGACCCACCAGUGAAUCCAGCAGGGAGCCCAGCAGGAUCUCCCGGCAUGACAGCGACGAGCGAGGGUCUCUGGUGUCUCUCACUGAGGAGCAGGAGGAGGGGGCCGGACACCCGGGGCUGGACUGCCAGAAGUCCAGACGCUACCGUCCACUCAGGAGCAGCUGCUCGCCGAUGACGCUGCCGCUGACCAAGUCUGUGUCCAUGUUGACCAUCAGCCACCGAGAUAUUGACGCGGUGGGACGUCUGAGGCGCAGGCGGAGAAUCUCCUUCUCCUUCAGCCUGUCGCCCAUCCUCACCCGCUCCAAGUCUCGCUUCUCGUACGGCGAGUCCUCCACCAGUGACGAUGACGAAGAUAACACCAGCAUGAAGUCGUAUGGCAGCGCCUCUGGAUCCCUGGCUUACAGCAUCUCAGAGGAGGAGCCGGGGCCGCUGCGCGCCAUCGCCGAGCCCAAGAGCGUCACCAAAGUGGGGCGCACCUUCAGCUACAUCAAGAACAAGAUGUACAAGAAGACCCGGGAGAAGGACCGAGAGAAGAAGGAGACCAAGGAGAAGAAGAGUGUGAACGGGCACCAGUUCUCCACUGUCAGCUCGGCGCUCCACUGCUCGCAGUGCAGCAAAAGUCUUAGCAACAAAGAAGCUUUUCACUGCACACACUGCGGCUCGUCCGUCCACAAGGCCUGUCGCGACAAUCUGCCGCCGUGUGCUCAGCUCAAGACGAAGCAGAUGCUCAAGCAGCCGGUCCCCCUCCUGGAGUCCAGCGCCGUCCCCACUGUCACCCUCAGGAAGAAAACUGGCGUCAGCCGAGACCGCCCCUGGUCGGCCAUCUUGUCUCCGGACGACCACUCCUCCCUGCUGAUCCCGUCGUCACGGCGACACGCCAGCAUCAUGGGCUUCUCCGGCAACAGCAUGUCCAAGAGCCUGUCUAUCAGCAACAUCGCCGGGCCCGUGCUGGACGAGAUGCCCAUCAGGGGGCUGCGCUACCUGUCGCAGUCCACUGACUCCCUGAACAGAAGCAACCAGGUCACCGAGUCCAUGGAGUCGCUGACAGACGAAGGGACCGAGAUGAUGGACGGUCAGCUGAUGGGAGAGUUCGAGGUGGAGGCCAAAGAGUUGGAGAGCGACUCCUGGAGUUUAGGAGUGGAGGCGCAGUUCCUGCAGCAGCUGGACAAGGACCUGGUCAAGAGGCAGGACAUCAUCUACGAGCUGAUGCAGACAGAGAUGCACCACAUCAGGACUCUGCGGAUCAUGUCAGAGGUCUACAGCAAAGGCCUACAAAAGGAGGUCCAGCUGGAGCAGCAGACUCUGGACCGACUCUUCCCCGUGCUGGACGAGCUGCUGGAGCUCCACACGCAGUAUCUGUCACGGCUCCUGGAGAGGAAGAGGGAGAGUCUUCUGGAGGGCGACGGUCCAGAGGGGGUUUUCAUCAUCCACAGGAUUGGAGACGUCCUGCUCAGUCAGUUCUCCGACUCCAGCGGCGAGCGGAUGAAGAGAACCUACGGUCGCUUCUGCAGCCGCCACUCUGAAGCCGUCAGCUUGUACAAGGAGCUUCUGGCCAAAGAGAAGCGCUUCAAGACCUUCAUCAAGAAGAAGAUGAGCAGCAGCAUCGUGCGGCGGCUGGGCAUCCCAGCCUGCAUCCUGCUGGUGACCCAGAGGAUCACCAAGUACCCGGUUCUGAUCCAGAGGCUGCUGCAGCACACCAGGGAGGGGGACCGGGACCACGAGGACCUGACGAAGGCGGUGCGGCUGGUCAAAGACGUGAUCGCCGCCGUGGACAGGAAGGUGAACGAGCACGAGAAGAAGCGGCGGCUGAAGGACGUCCACUGUCGCACGGACAGCAAGUCCAUAAUGAUGAUGAAGAGUGGGCAGAUGUUCGCCCGCGAGGACUUGCUGCGGCGCCGGCUGAUCCACGACGGGCCGCUGCAGCUCAAGAGCAGUCAGGGCCGGCUGAAGGAUGUUCAUGCGCUGCUCCUGUCCGACGUCAUCGUCUUCCUGCAGGAGAAGGACCAGCGCUACGUCUUCGCUCUGCUGGACCAGCGCUCCACUGUCAUCUCCCUGCAGAAGCUGAUCGUCAGAGAAGUGGCCAACAGAGAUCGAGGUCUCUUCCUCAUCACCGCCGGCAUCGAGAGGCCAGAGAUGAUGGAGGUUCUGGCCAGUUCCCGGGACGAGAGGAACACGUGGAUGCAGCUGAUCCAGGAGGCCAUGCAGUCCAUGGAGAAGGACGAGGACGAGGACGAGGGGAUCCCCAGUGAGACGGAGGAGGACAAGAGACAGCUGGGGACCAAAGCCCGGGAGAUGAGAGAUCUGUUGAAGCAGAAGGACACAGAGAUCAUGUCCCUGCUGGAGGAGAAGGUCCGUCUCUUCAGCAGCAUGUGGGACAGCGGGAGUCUGGGCGAGGACCUGCUGCGACAGACGCAGCCCUUCUUCAGGUCCACCUCCAGUCUGGAGCCGCCCAGAGGAGCGUCCAUCAUGCAGGACGCGCUGCAGGAAGUGGAGACUCUGCAGGCCCUGGUGAACGGAAGUCUGGGGGGAGCCAUGGCCGCGGGCCCCGUGUCUUUACCUCGGAGAGCAGAAACGUUUGGAGGCUUCGACAGUCACCAGAUGCACAGCAGCAAGAGCGGAGAGCGAGAUGAGAGCGAGGACACGAUGGGCGAGCUGCGCCGGACCGAGUCGGACAGCGUCCUGAAGAAGGGAGGAAACAACAACAACCUGCUGCUGCUGCUGAAGAGGAACAGCGAGCAGGUUCUCCACAGCGUCUCCAGCCUGCACCUCCUGCUCAGCUCCCUGCAGGCAGUGGUGGUGCAGCAAGACAGCUUCAUCGAGGACCAGCGGCAGGCGCUGACGGAGCGCUGCCCCUCCUCACGGCCCUCCUCGCGGCCCAGCUCUUUGAUCGAGCAGGAGAAGCAGCGCAGCCUGGAGAAGCAGAGGCAGGAGGCGGCUGCGCUGCAGCGGCAGCAGGCGGCGCAUGCCGAGGAGAAGCGGAGGAAGGAGCGGGAGUGGGAGCUGCGGGAGCAGGACCUGGGCCACAAGGAGGCGCUGCUGCAGCUGCAGGAGCAGGAGGUGCUGAGGCAGCGGCAGCAGCUGGAGCUGGAGCGGCAGGAGCUGCACAGCAGGAAGGAGCAGUACCAGCGGGACCUGGAGCGGCUGCGGGACGCGCAGCGGAGGCUGGAGCGGCAGCUGGACACCAUGCAGGAGAGACCGGACGAGUGCCGGGUCCCCGGCGGCUCUGUGCUUCUGGACCCCCUGGAGCUCUCCGUGGUGCCGGUGCUGCCGCCGCCGCCGUCCAAGCCCAAGGUGAAGAGCCUGAAUCCCUUCACCGCCAACACGGUGAGGCUCGGCGAGGGCAACAACCAGCUGUCCAGGAGCCUGCUGCAGCUGAAGAGCAAGGACAGCAAGGAGCGGAAGAAGAAGAAGAGCAGCAAGGGAGGAGGCAGCGCUGUGGCAGACUCUCAGCACCUUCCUGAGGCUCCUCUGGAUGGAGAGAUCUUCUUCUGCUGAGCUGAGCUUCAGCCUCUCCGUUCAUCGCCGAGCGACCGGAACCUGCCUCACCUCCUCGGUCAUAUUUGGACUCCUGCUGUUACCGAGGUGCCCGCGUCCUCAGACCGGACCCUCCGGCAGCCGGGACCUCCUGUGGACCCUCAUCCCUCGGAUCUGUUGGACUUCUGCACUUUUAGGGAUGAAAAAUGUUCAGCACAUUUCAGCUUCACUGCCACCAGGUGUCACUAGAGACGCCAGCAUGGAAGCCACAAGAGAAGGUGUGUGACUGGAGUCACCAUCCCCUCAGCAGAGAGAGCAGUGUGACACCUGCUGGACAGGUGCGGGAGCAGAGAUGCUCGUCCUCCAAGGGCUUCCCCCGCCGGAGCGGCUCUGAGUGCCUCGUCAGCGGUUUAGGUGGGUCGGUUCCGACCUGCUGCCUGGGUCCCGGCCUCCUCACCGAGGAGAGGAGCGCAGGGCUGAUGGAACUCGGAGUGAGACUGUUUUCCAAGUCCAGGCCGAGUCGCAGGGGUAGCCUCUCUCCAGAGCCCUCCGUCAGGAUGUCCCGGCUCUGACUCGGAGACGCGUCCCAGAAGGACCCGUCGAAGACCGGAUCGAAGGCUUGGGUUGGAACUGCGGCCCGCGUCCGCCGAUUCCUCAGGAGCUUCACCUCCCACCACAUGGUUUCUCCAGAUCUGAGCAUGGGGCGAGGCGGAGUCCCGCGCUGUGGGACAUCCCUGUAGGAAGAGCUCGUCCAGGAUUCUCCUGUGUUUUGUAAGAAGCUUUUAUUUAUGUCUGCGGCUCGUCUGGAGGGACGACUCCUCCUCUGCUAAUAAAGCAUGUUCGUGCGAGGCUGCUGUGCCGUCACUCACCUGCCCACCGGGGGGCGCCCUCUUGUGGUGGGGUCGCAGCGCUGCAGCUACUUCAGUGAGCUGAGCUGAGUGGAGGUGAGACACCUCGGUGAAGCUCUGUUUCACAUGAUCGUCUCGGACCGACAGACGCUGAGGCACAGUCCUGGCAGUGGUGAGAGGGAGACCCCUCCCCGUCACCUCCUCGGCUCCAAACGUCUGUGUCUCCAAUGUGCUCCUCAUGUCCCUCUGAGAGACUCAUUCCUGACCUUCUUUCUCCCACUGACGACCUCAGUAUCUCGCCAACACUCUCAGGUGACCCGUUUGGACCUGACCCAGAUCCGUCAGUGGAGUGAGCUGUCGAGGUCAUGCGACUGCCCCGACACGUUCCUUUGAUGUGUGUUCCUCCCACGUGGCCCUCAUCUUCACUUCUCCUCGUAGAAUCAUCCACUGACCGCUAGGAGGCGCUGUGUUCGGACCCACGCCCCAGCCGAGCCCCUGCAGGUCCGUGUGGAUGAUCAGCGGACUGCAGUCAAGAUCACGGACCUCAAGGUGGCGGAGUGAAGCUGCCAAGGUCUCAGCCGUCUGAAGCUCCCGGGUGCUUUGGCCACUAGAGGGAGACACGGAGGUUGGUGUCCAGUUGACUCACGCUCGCGUCUCCUGCGCUGUAGUUCCUCUGGGCUCCAGCAGGGGCCACUGUGACUGCACUGCAGCUUCCGCAGCCACAGAAGCCCAGUGUUUGCUGAUGAUCGUGCAAUUACUGAACUAGUCAAUGAAGGAGGGCGUCUGUGACGUCACAGCUGGCUCUGUGUGUGUGGGGGGGCACAUUUGGGUUUAGAGGGUUAGAAGCCCUAACUGGGCUCCAGUCUGGUCCAGAGUCCUGGUUCAGGUGAGCCAUGUGUUUAGAGGCUGGGGAAAGGGUGACGGGUCCCCACAUGGGUGGAGAGACCAACCUGCGUGCGCCCUUGUGUGUGUGAGAGAGAGUGAGUCCCGACGAUCACUGUCACGUCUGUUUCCCUGCCUGUGAGGUGAGUGGAGCAAGUCUCUGUGAGGCCCACUCCCACCUUGAUCCCAGGCGCGUGUGGUUUAAAGUUUCUCAGUCGGGUGCCAAGCUCCGCCUCCAGCUUCCCGGUCGAGGACGAGGGUCCGCGUUGACGUGUUCCAGCUGUUGUGGCUUCAAGUCCUGUCAUGUUGGCGUCGCCCUUCAUCCCUGCCCUGGUCAUGUGACCACAGAGCCCUGCCACACGCUGCCCGUUAGCUUAGCAUGGAAGCUAAACCAGCCUUCAGACCCGGAAACAGAUCGAGGCUGUGCUGCUGACCGAGUGGAUGAAUCGAGACAGUCUGGUCACUGCCCCCCCACCCCCGUGUGCGCCGCCACAAGAUGGAGGGCCUGACCACAGCAGGUGUGUGUGUGUGGACUCACAGCGCUGUCCUCAAACACUCGCAGGAGGUUGCCCCGGCAGCCAGCUGGUUUGUUUGGAGGAUCCGUUCGUUUCCAUCCCAGGGUCCGGGGUGGUCCUCGCUCACGCCGCUGACACGUGUGCGGGAGUUUUGCCAGUCGGUUCUGUCAUCCAUUGCUUUGGUCUGUCAUCUGAUUCCCUCUUCCUCCUUGUGUGUCGUGCGCUUUUCAUCACCGACCUUCACAGAUGUUUCAGCUCUCCUCCUUCCUGCUACUUGCUGAUGUCCUCCAGAGGGCUGAGGAGGUCUUGCUCCAGGCACCACGUGCCGCUCUUCAGUCGAGCGACAUCCAUUCAGUGGCGCGGGAGGCCCGGACACCAGGGCGUGUCACGCUGCCGAGGGAAGCCGGCGCCGCCACGGUCGGGUUCUUCUGCCUGCCGUGAUCAGGAGCCAGGUCAUAAGGCCACCCGCCGGACCUGACCCGCGGGCUGGGUCACAUGACGCUCAGGCCAGUCAGGCGAGAGCAGCCGUCCUCCGCCCUGGCCCGCCCUGGGGUUCAAGGGUCAGCGAGCCAGGAGCGGUGGAGCCGGACCUGCAGCUCGUGCUGUGCCCACCUCCACAAGGGUCCACAGGUCUCAUGGAUGUUCAUCAUGGAGAGUCCAACUCUGGGCAGCAGAGAGUCCGGCCGUGCCUCUGACGCGUCUCUCAGCUAAACUGAGGCGUGCGUGAGAGUGCCUGACUUGUGUGACCAAGUCUUGACAAGCCUCCUUCUUGUGAGGACAUUUUGGUUCCGAGGUUGAGAAGGUUCAAACCUCAGUGAAAGUAGUGGCUUCAAACUGGGCUCCACUUUGGUUGGAGUCCUGGUUCAGGGGGGACGGUCAGGAGUGGUCCCCACAGGGAUGGUGAGUCUGACCGCCACUCUUGUCUCUGCUCUGCUGUCUUGGCGGUGAGUGAGGUUCUCUGUCACACCUGCAGCCGCGUCCCUCGCUCUCGGAGGAAAAUGAAAUCCUUUACCUGGGGCUGAUGGGAAAUUGAUCUCCCCCACUCCAUCUCCGGCCGCGCCGUGUGCACUGCGUCACAGCCAGGCUCCUCCAUGUGCACCUCAGAGGCACAGUUUGUUUGAGGCGGCGAAGAUUCGUCCACUAGAUCCUGUUUCUCUCGGCCCAUGAAGUCAGUGGGAGAAGAGUCUCACAAACCCGAGGGAGUCUCACAGACUGUUGACCAGGGUGGACGGCGCCGAUGUUUAGGUGGUUCUGAGGCUGGAAGCUGAACUGAGAGGUGGUGGUGAGGAGGAGGAGGAGCCUUGUUGCAGCUCAGGAUCUGUCCGCUGGUCCUCCAGCUGUAGCUCCAGACCAGCAGCUGUGGGACAGGUCCGUGGACUCUGCUGUGAGCAGGAACCUUCUGACCUGGUCAUCUCUCUCUGUGAGGGUCAGGGACUUGAGCUGAAGCUCCAGGAAGAGGAAGCCAAAUCACAAUCCUGCCUUCUGGCUCAGCUCUUUCUCCACCGCCUCACCCAGUUCUCCUGACUGAAGCUCCAGCCAUCCACGCGGGUCUCCCGUGGUCAGCCUGGGGUCUGGAGCUGCCGGUGUACGGACGCAGCCGAGCACGAGUCCCGGCGAGCCAAACAGAGCCACAUCCCAUAGUGGAGAGUGGACCACCCCACAGCCCACAGGCCCAGCGCUGCAGACUGUAUGAUCCGCAGCACCAGAACUGAGCUAGAUGUUGGAAGCGUCCUUGAAGACUGGAAGCAAACAUCUGCAUGUUGGUGCUUCAGAGACAAACAGCUUCCGCCUGAAGCCGCUUCACGUGUCUCCUCCUCCUCCUCUGCUGCGUCUCAGAUGGAGGAGUCAGGACUCCCAGGAGACUCCCCUGCUGAGACCCUCCCUCCCUCCCAAACACCAUCACCGGUCCACCUGGGCUGAAGCCUCCGGCGGGUCUGUGGCUCCAACUCCACCCCAAACAUUUGGGCUUCUCUCCAGAGACCACAACGCUGGCGCAGCGUGGCUCUCUCUGGGGACCAAGACUCUCCGGCUUCACUUUGUCCCCAGAAAACAGAGACGCACUGCGCUGUGCUUCUCCUCCUUUUUAGGCCUCGACUCACUUGACUCGUGGGAAAAAUCCCAGCCUCAGCCCCAGAGGAACCUGGUGCUCAGUCCACAGUAGAAAUAAAAAUGUCCCCAGAAAGGGGGUGAUGUGGCAAACUUUGUCAGGAUUUGUCGAUGUAUUUUAAAGAAAAGAAAGUUUGCAAGGUUUUAAUCCAGUUUGGGGAAUAACUGGAGCAACCUUUCACAUUCUUCGUCUCAGCUUCAUAACACCAAUGAUUCUGUCUGGCAUCAAGUUUUUAUCUCGUGUCUAUGCCACUAGCGCUAAUGGCGCUAACGCGACGUCCAGCAGAGUCAGUGGUGCUAAUGACUCUGCCUGUUUUCUGAGAGCGGACUGGAGCUGUUGCGUCGGUGUAGAAAACAGAGCCCAGUGAUGUCAUCGGGAGGAGACGAUGAUGUCAUCGGGAGGAGACGGCCCAGUGAUGUCAUCGGGAGGAGACGGUGAUGUCAUCGGGAGGAGACGGUGAUGUCAUCGGGAGGAGACGGUGAUGUCAU